GCUAGAAUACUCACCAUUUGCGAUCACGUUCUUAUAUAAUUUCUUUAAAAAUGCUAAUUUUAAACAGAAUUAAAAAAUAAUUCUACAUUUCACAUUGUCUUCAUUGAGUAGUGAACAUGUUGAUUCUGGGCUACCCCUAAUUAAUUGAAACGUAACGAUUGUUUAGGACAAAAAAGAGAUACAAUGAGCAUAAGGAACAAUUAUCUUCAAUCGGUUCCUUACCCUAAAACUCACCCAUACCGUCGUCAGUACAGUACAACUAAUGAUGGAUUCGGUACUCGCAACAGAUUUGUCUCUACAUCUACGACAUCCGAAAUUGAUGAAGAGGAUUCCGCCGACGGAGAAAAAGGAAUCGGUGCAAGAACUCGCAACAUUACCGAAUCUGCAAAAGAUCACAAUAUUAUGAGCCGAAUUGGUUUUCAUAUCAAUGAACAGGAAAUUGAGACUGACAUUUCGUCUGAAGAUUAUAAGUUUGUUCCUUCUUCUUCACGAGCAUUUUCUUCCCAGCAAUUGGCAUACCUUUCUCUGCCAGAUUUGUUAAAUUUGUCAUCCAGUGGGAUGACUAGUAAUGACAGCGCUGGAGAAAAUCUAAACCCAAGAUCAUUAACAGCAAGUGGAGCAACCGCUUCUCCAUCGUACUCGAUAGAAAGCGUUGUAAUGGAUCUGGAGAGUGAGGACAUUCAAGUAUUUGACAACAUUUCUAUCGACGAAGUAGAUGAUGAGACUGAAUACACCAGCGGCGAAGGUAGAAGAGAGGAAGACGACGAUGAGUUUAUAAAUAUGCGGGUGAAAGUUGAGAAAAAGCCAUAUCCAACGAAAGCAAUGAAAGUGACAGUAAGUGUUCAGCCACCUUCUGAGGUGGAAGAAGACCUGGACGAACUGUAUGAACAGUAUGAAGAUGAAGAUGAAGUAUCAGCUUCUGGUGUCAGUGUAGACGUAAAUAGCGAAAAUGCGAGUUCCAAUGAAUCUCGGCAGGAUUCAUCGGAAGAAAGUGAAAGUGUAGAGGAUGAUGAAAUUGAGGAAGAAAGUGAAUCGAGUUUAUCCUCGGAGCAUCAAAGCAAUAGUUCCGACUCUGAGGAUUCAGGUGCAGGUGAUGUUGAUUCUGAAGACGUUGACAACGACGAUGAAGAAGAAGAGGAAGAGGAAGAAGUAGACGACGAGAUAUCGAGGGACAGAGACAGCGGUGUUAAAACUGAAACCCCAAAAAUUAUAAGACAUGACGACAAGGAAGGAGAACACAAGACUGAGUCACUUGUAGAAGAGGCCCCGAAAGAUGAAACUGAGAAAAUGAUGGAGUUAUUAAGUACGGCUAUUGACGAUUCAGAAAAAUCCAAAGAGAAACUCAUAUUGGAGAAAGUCUUGGAAGCCGAAGCCAUUGCUGUAGCCGAGGGAGAGAAAUUGGCAGCUCAAGUGGGCGAAAGUAAAACUUCAAGCCCUUUGGUGAAAGUGAAAGGGUUGGGCGAGUCCGUUGUAUCCGGUGUCACACGAGCCGUGUCUAGUGCAGUGGGUUCUAAAGAGAAUAUAAUUAUUUCUACUGGAGAACAGGGGAAGAUUCUGCCUGACAAUGUGGGUGACGUUUUGGCUGGCGUUCCUCAAGGCCUGGACGUUUUAAAAGUUGAGAAAGAUCAGUUCGGAGUAGUGCCGAUUGAAAACACAGUCAAGACUCAAGUCAAAGAGCUGGACAAGCGGAUACAUCAUGAAGCAUCAGCCAUUUCUGGAGAAUUAAAAAAAUCUGGAGAAGAAUCCAUUAAAGCGCUUUCUAGUCCAAGUACAGCAACAGGAUCUGUCCUCGAUGUACCUACUACUGCACUUGUAGUUGCGAAUGUAAUUGUUCAUGGAACUCCAAAAUCGUCUUUGCCAAACCCAGUGAUUGCCACUAGCAAAGCAGACGUUUCGAAUGUACCCGUUGAAACUUUAAAUUCUGCACAGCCAAAGCUUGAAAAAAUGUCGGCUCCAACUAUGUCCACUGGAGAAAGUCAACAGUCGUCGAUACAGGUGAACCCUGUUGCUCCAGUCCUUAGCCAAAUAAAUGUACCUGAAAAUUCUCCAACCUCUCCUAAUAAAAAAUCUCCCGAUAAAGAAGAGUAUUUGUCCGUAUAUGCGCCUGACUCGAUGGACAGCAGCGAGGAAGAAGAGGACAACAUUUUCAGGACACAUGAGAAAACAAGUGCAGAAACUGCAGAGGAAAGGAAAGCUGUUGAGCAGGCCAAAGAUAAAUUAAUCGAAGACUGGAAAUCUACACGGAGGGAAAGCAUAGACGAAAUAGAUGAGAAAUUUCAACAUAUUUUGGAGGACAUGGUGUCUGAACUUGACAUGUCACCUGUAGUCCCCGUCCUUUCUAAAAAGCUGAAAGACGCCGUCCAUGUGUCCGAUGAGGACGAGUCUGAAAAAACACCCAACAAAACAUUGUCCGCUCGUUCAUCCGAAUUGGUUAUGUUCACUGAUAAUGACAUGUUUGAGGACAACAUGUCUCAAAAACAAUUGUCUCCUAUUUCCGAGCAUAGCUCAGCACAGUCAAAUGCCCGCUAUAUGGCCAUGCUUGAUGCCAAGAUGAAGAGUUCUGCCCAGGAGAAAGUUCCACUGGACAAACAAAAUUCUCAAAGCUCUCUAAAAAGUUUGAAUAGUGCAGGUUCAAAUACUUCUAGAAAAUGUAGUCCUUCUCCGAAACCUAUUUCGACGCCAACCGUAUCAAAUAAUGGUACACCAUCUAGACUCAAUGAUAAAAGGGUGUCAAAUGAAUCUCCACCAGUGAACUCCAAAAGCCCCAACAGAACUCCUUCAGCCAAAUAUUUGCAUAGUAAAAGUGAAUUGACUCGACCACCAAGUAAUAGACCCAGUAGCAAAGCCUCGUUAAAAUCUAAUAACCAACUGUCGCAGAGUCCUAAUCGCUCGAGUAGUAAUAACGCGUCCACCUUGGGCGCAGGAAAUAAAUCAGUAGGAGACACAAGCUCCUUAUCUACGUCGUCUGCAAAUCCAGUUUCACUGCCCAUCGUAGCAAGGGACACCAACUCGCCUAAUAGUUCACACCGCAUCCAGGAAGCUGGAGAAAGACCCAGUUCCAAAAUGUUACUACCUACUUCGCCUAAAAUAAGUAAAAGUAAUUACGAUUCCCUUUCACUCUCCUCACAAGGAUCAAAAAGUCCAUCCAUGUCUCGACAUUCUUCACUGCAAACGGAUCAAUCAAUGGAGGAGAUGGGACCGAUAGGAGAAGAUGAAAAUGAUUUGCCAAAUUUUAAUAGUAUCCAACCGAAUUCUGAGCUUGGUGAGGAAGAAUCUGAAUCAGGCCGAGACGACGACUCCCCUUCUCAGCGAAGAAAGUGGAAAAAUUCAACUGAAAUAGCAUCCACCUUAUCGCACUAUUUGCACGUCGUUAAAACUGAGACGAUUGAGAAUUGUGUGUGUGAAGUGAUACCCUUGCUAACGCAGUUGCUCGUCAAGUCCAGAAAGAGCAAGGCGGAACAUGCUCUGCCCACUAUGAUUGCCAGCCUGAGUGCGGUGAGGGUGCUUUGCGAGAGAUUGCUCCACGUAAAGUUGGCGUCUGGGGAAAAGGCAUUGAGAAACAUGGACUUAUCUUGGCUGCUACGAAUCCUCUGCAAGUUGAGUGCUGACCCUGAGUCCAAACUGAAGCCGGAAGCGAGUUUCACGCUGGCGAAGCUGGUGAAAGCUGCCGGCCCAGAGCUGAUUACGAGACCUAUUUACUUUCUUCUCGUGAUGGAGAACGAUGGCGUCGGGCAUCGGAGGGGCUCACAAGGCUCGAAAACCAAGGCCGCUGCACUGGAUACCCUCACCUACGCCCUGCUAUCCUUCCCCAAGGAGGAGUUUGAUGACUUGGAGGAAAUUUCUAGAUGGGUAUGCCUCGUGGUCAUGCAUCCGGCACGGCGAGUGAGACAAGCGGCCCUGGAAUGCAUUGCAGUGCUCGGAAGCUUAAUUGGAUCACCCGAUGCUGCAGCUUCCCGUUUCAGAGGAUAUCUCUUGCACGAGGCUGAACAACAAUACAAUAAAUCCGAUAGUGAUGGUUCCACAGCAGGCCAGCAAAGUGCAAUCAAGACAUUCGAUGGCAAAGGCAUUUUUGACGUUUCCGCAAUCACAGCAAUUUCCUUUCGAAUAAGGAAACGGAUAAUGCCGCUUCCGAGUCCUCAAGGUUUAGUCGAAUAUGGAGUGAAAGUUCCAACAGGGCAAGAGCUGGUGCUAAUUUUGACUAAAAUGCAAGAAGAAGAAGAGGACGAAUUUGAAGGGUCUACAUCAGACGACAGUGUUCACAGUUCAAAAAGCAAGGACAACAAUUCGGAUGGGAAUUCAGAGUCGGAAAGUAUUAGAAUGAGCGACUUGGAAAAAUCUACCAAUGACAAGACCUUUGGAAAAAAACAAAAGUUGGUCAAGGAUGUCGAAAGUGAUGAUGACGUAGAUUUGAUCACUCCAGAUGUAGCCUACAUUUUGGCUGGGAAAGGCCGAGUCAACAAGCAAGAGUUGGUUAACAAUAAUGAUGAGAGUGCGAAUAAUGACGGGGAGGCAACCGCUCAGCAAAACGACAAAGAAAAGAGGAAAAAGGCCCUCAAGAGGAAAAGACAAAAGAAACGUCAUGUAGAACGGACGUACAGCGAGUACGAGGAUGACUCCCAUGGCGACGAGUAAACGCGGAUGUACAGUGUCUCACUGCUGCUGAUAUGUGCUUAUGAAGGCACCAGCUCGUGCAUAAUAACUGGUGUGUGUUCGUACUUAAAAAUAAUCAAAGACAUAGCAAUUCAGACUACGCGAUUAUUAUAUACAUUAUUAUACACAGAGAAUGAGAAUCUUGGAAUACCUACGCAUCUUGUUCUUUGUUUAUUUAUAUCUUGGUACCUACAGCUAUUCUGUUAUACACAAAAUUUUACUGAAUAAAUGACUAGGAACUUUUCAAGGUGUA